UGCUCAGACCAUUAGUGUCUCAGGACACCACCGCUGGACUCAGUUCAGCAGCUGAGAGGAACUGCUGCAGCUCACCUGCCUCAGCUGUCGUUAGCAUAUUCAUUUGUUGCGAUUGUGUUUUACGAGAUGGCUUAUUUCUGUGCUAAUAAACUAAACGACCAGUUUUUCUGCCAACUGCUGUAGAGAAGCACACGGAGAAGAGGAAGUGGGUUCAACUUCUCCGACAGACAGAGCAGUUCUCACAUCACCAGGAGGAAGAAUGAAGGAGGUACCUCUUCUGCUCUUGCUGCUCUGCUGCAGAACUAAUGCAGCUCGUCUGACGGUGAGUCCCAGCAGCUCUCAGGUGUUUCAAGAUGAAUCUGUCUCUCUGAGCUGUGAGGAGGUCGAGCGCUCUGCUGGAUGGACUCUGAGGAGGAACUCCACCAAAGACACCAGGACUCAGUGUAGAGACGGCUGGGGAGUCUCCAAUGGUUCUUCCUGUACCCUCACAGACAUGGAGCAGCUGGACAGUGGAGUUUACUGGUGUGAGUCCAGAGAGGGAUCCACCAGUAACACCAUCAGCAUCACUGUCACUGAUGAAGCAGUGAUCCUGCAGAGUCCUGCCCUCCCUGUGAUGGAGGGACAUGACGUCACUCUGACCUGCAGAACAAAGAAGUCCUCCAACCUCCCAGCUGCUUUCUAUAAAGAUGGCUCCCUCAUCAGCAGUGAGCCUGCAGGUCACAUGACCAUACACGCUGUUUCCAAGUCUGCUGAAGGCCUCUACAAGUGUGAGCUCAGUGAUGGAGCGUCUGCAGCCAGCUGGCUGCUUGUCUCAGAUGAACCUACGACCAAAGACUCGCCCCCCGUCUUUGCUCCGUCCACUACCUCGGCUCUGCCCCUGGCCUUGGAUCCACCCCCUGCCUCCUCCUCCCUCCACCUUGUCUUCAGACUGCUCUGCCACCUGGUGGUCUUCUGUCCGUACUGCAUCUCCACCUUCAUCAUGGUGUCUUUAUAUCGACAGAGGUCCACAGGAAAUGACCCGCCCACCCAGGCUGAGCAGGGAUUGGAUGAUGACUACGAUGAUGUCAUCCCUGCCGUCACCACGGAGCAUCACUUCUGACCUGAAGCUUGAAAUGUGGUUUGCAGAUCAGAAACCGUGGAGGACCCCGGACGCUUCCCUGAGGAACUCCACAUGUUGACUCAGGAUCUCACUUUAAACUCUUCUGCUCUUCUGAUGUGAGCAGCUGUGUGAGAGCAGGUAUCAGGAUGAGCUGCAGAGAAACACUGACCCAGUGGAAACUCAUUCAUACAUACAGUCGGACAAAUGUUCCGUUCAAAGCAGUCGACAUCAUUCUGGUUCAGAUUAAAGCUGAUGUUCAAACUCUG